AUGAACGAUGCUAUUGCGACACCAUCUUCCACUAUUUCAUCACAAAAUACAUGUCCUUUUCAGUUAAUUUUAAGGCAGCAACCUGUUCAUUCAAGAAUGUGUGGUAUUGGCGAAAAAGUCGAUCGAAGGCCUAUUGAUCCACCGCCAGUAGUCCAGAUUAAACUCUUGAAUUUAGAUCAUCAAGAAGACGACGAAAGCAGAGAGCGACUUUCUGCCCUUUCUACGCAUCUCUUUCUUAUCGCUAUUCUUGUACCAGCAGACACGAAAGAAAACCAAAAACCCAACAUUUUGAUGCAUAGUAAACUCACUGUCGGCAGAACUGUUUCUUCGCUUUACAACCUCAGAGAUUUGGAUGGAUCAGAAGGCGCUUUUUUUGUCUUUUCAGAUAUCUCUGUGAGGACAGAAGGCACUUAUCGAUUACAGAUGUGUUUAUUUGAUAUUGAAGACCAAAUGGUGAAGUACGAUGCCUCGAUUUUAACCGAUCCAUUUACAGUUUAUUCCGCAAAAACAUUCCCAGGGAUGUAUCGUUCAUGUGAACUCGUUCAAAGUUUUGCUAGACAAGGCUUGAAAAUCAGAAUUCGUCGAGAAGCAGGUCCACGGCCUGCACGCUGUACACAACGACAAAAGGACAUCCGGAAAGCAGCCAUAGAAGACAAUCAUUCUGCAAUUCAGCAAGAAGACUCUAUGGAUACUGAAGAAGAAGAGUACGAUGAUGCUUACAGUCAAAAUAGCAGCAGUUCAUCACAUAAACGCAGUAGUACAGGAGGUUUACUAGGGCAUCCCUGUUCGAAUAAAAGACGCUUAAGUCUUUCUUACUUAUUGUUAGACGGCGAAGACGAAAAUCAGAAAGAUAACAGCGUAAAGCCUUAUAUUACAAACAAUAACCAUCUUCACAGUAAUAGUCACAGUAUCAGUAGCAGCAUUGUAUCAACACCACUACAACAAACACAUUAUCAUACCUCACCUUUUACCUCCACGACAGCGACGGUAACAGCAACAGCAGCAGCAUUAGCAACAGCACCACCAACUACAGCGAAACUAUUUUUACCGUCUAUCCAUUCUUCUUCAGAAACGUCUUACUUUCCUUAUCAAGGUCUGAAUACAGGAGCAUUUCACAACGACAAAGAUGCAAUGAAUACCAGUAAUCAUCGUGGCAUUCGUGCUCAUCACACUCAUUCUCUUUACGGUAUUGAAUCAACAGCCUAUUCCAGGUCAACAUUACCCGUAGUACCACCUUCUUCAACGCAACCAUCACAGCCGCAAUCUUUGUUAACGAUAACAACAGCGACAACAAUGACGACUACCAUACCAAAAACUGAUUACCCCCCUCGUUUACACAUAGCACAACCCAGUAACGCACCAAAAUUACCAUCGAUUCAGCAGUUAGUUCAUGAAAAGCAUAAUUGA